CACAUUAUCUUCUUUUGCAGUUUUGGCUGUACAUUUAGUUAUCUACCAAAUCAACCAAAAAAUUUUAAUGGCUGCCUUUCUUGUAUAUUGCGCAGAAGCAGCUUAAUUCUCUGUCUCCAUUUAUGAUCGAUCCCAACCUGUUUCUUCUCUCUUCUAAUUUCAAGAUCUGGUCGUAGCUCACCGGAGAAACGUAAUGGAAAAGAAAGAGACCAAGCAAGAACCAGCACCAGCACCAGCUGAGCAAGAGAAUGGUCCGUUGAUUGAAGAUGAGAUCGAGAGGAGCAAAGUCGGGAUCAUGAGAGCUCUCUGCGACCGACAAGAUCCUGAAACUAAGGAGGUGGAUGAUCUGAUGAUAAGGAGGUUUCUGAGAGCGCGUGACCUGGACAUUGAAAAGGCUUCAACGAUGUUUCUUAAGUACCUGACUUGGAAGAGAAGCAUGCUCCCAAAGGGGCACAUACCAGAAGCAGAGAUUGCAAAUGAUCUGUCGCAUAACAAGGUGUGUAUGCAAGGUCAUGACAAGAUGGGUCGACCCAUUGUUGUUGCCAUUGGGAACAGACAUAACCCUUCCAAAGGUAACCUUGACGAGUUCAAGCGUUUCUUUGUCUACACGGUUGAGAAGAUAUGCGCUAGAAUGCCGAGAGGUCAAGAGAAAUUCGUAUCAAUUGGAGAUCUUCAAGGCUGGGGAUAUUCUAAUUGUGACAUCCGUGGCUACCUUGCUGCUCUUUCCACUUUGCAGGAUUGUUACCCAGAGAGAUUGGGGAAACUAUAUAUAGUUCAUGCCCCCUACAUUUUCCUGACCGCAUGGAAGGUCAUUUAUCCUUUAAUCGACGCCAACACCAAGAAAAAGAUUGUUUUCGUGGAGAACAAGAAACUCACUCAAACGUUACUCGAAGACAUAGACGAAAGCCAACUUCCCGACAUCUACGGAGGCAAAUUGCCACUUGUUCCUAUUCAGGAGGCCUAAUUAUAGGUUUUACUACGGCCCACCUCUAUUUCUAAAUUAUUUACUUAGUACACUAUUCUUCUUUUUUAUUUUUAAUAAAUCGAAAACAUAUUG